AUAAAUUAAUAGAAUGAAAUAGCUAUUUCAUAUACCAAAUAGCAAAGCAGAAACAAUGGACAGAACUUUGAUAUUGUGUUGGAUUCUGCUCCUAUGCAUCCCCACUGGCCCAGUGUAUAGCCAAUACUACUUAAAGACCGUGCCAUGUGCUACCAAGGAGAAGAAAGUUACCAAUCUCCACUUCUUUUUCCAUGGCACUCUCGGCGGCAAAAACCCAACAGCUGUCACGGUAGCCCGUGCUAACAUCACAAGCAACGACAACUCUUUCCCAGCACCAUCCAACAGCAUAGUUGUCGACAACGCCUCACUCACCAUUGGUCCUGAGCCAACGUCAGAGAUCAUUGGGUAUGCUCAAGGACUCGAGGUAUUUUCCGGCCAAGAUAGAACAACCGUGGUGGUGUACUUGGAUUUUGGGUUUACUAAGGGCGAUUUAAAUGGCAGCUCUAUCGGCUUGUUUUCCAGGAAUCCAGCGACAGAGAAGGAACGUGAGCUUGCAGUGGUCGGAGGGAGAGGAAAGUUCAGGAUGGCUAAAGGGUUUGCUCUGCUUAAGACUUUCUCUCUAGAUAACAUCACUCUCAUUGUCGAGUAUAAUGUGACAGUGAUUCAUUACUAAGUUGACAUUUGAGAGUUAAUUCUCUUUUAUAUGCUUGAAGUGUUCCAUUUUAAUUGAUUUUCUCCCAAUAAGGUAUGUA